AACAAUAUUUUAAAAUUACCGGAGCACAUGAAGGCAACACCGUCGCUCGUCUUCCGGUUGUGUAGAGGCAAACAUGACCGCCGUUGUUGUCCGCCGGCUAGCUGCUCUCUCCGGGGCUUCGGCGGUGGCACUUGGGGCCUACGGGGCGCACGGUUUUAAGAACAGCGACCCAGAUGAUUACCAGAGAGUGUUAUUUGAGACGGCCAACAAGUAUCACUUCUACCAUAGCUUGGCCCUGCUGGGUGCUGCGCAGUCGAGUAAACCCGCUGUGGCCAGCACCCUCCUAAUCGCCGGCAUGGGGAUGUUCUGCGGCUCGCUCUACCACCAGGCCAUGACUGGGGACCCGGGCCUUCGCAAGAUGGCCCCCAUGGGGGGCAUGGCGAUGAUCGCUGGCUGGCUGGCGCUCAUCCUCUAAUUGGCUGGGCCUCAGCGUGUUGGCCUGAGAUAACAGAACAACAUCACUAUCUGAGCCGAGCCAUCUGACAACGGAGAAACAAGUUUGUUACGAUGAAUGUACAGAUAUUCUUUAUAUCACCUUGUUUUGAUGAAAAUUAAAUAUUGAAAUUCAUAA